AUGGGUAAUAUGCCACCAGGAAUGGGCGAGGGCGGCUCCGGUGAGGGCGGUCAAAAUCCUCCCGGCAAGGAUGGCGAAGGCGGCGAAAAGAAGAAGAAGAAGAAGCGCUUUGAGCCCCGCCCUGCCAGUAGCAACCGUCAAGGCCGCCGCCGUCGUCGCAAGGGUCCCUCUGGUCUGAACAAAAUCCCGACGGUGGUCCCGAAUUCCAAGUGUAAAUUACGCUUGCUGAAAUUGGAUCGCGUCAAGGAUUUCUUGUUGCUCGAAGCCGAAUUCAUUCGCAACCACGAAGUCUUCAAGCCCCACGAGGAGCGUGAUCAAGAAGAGCGUGAAAAGCUCGAAGAGUUGCGUGGCAGCCCCUUGGCUGUUGGGUCGUUGGAGGAAUUGAUUGAUGACAAUCACGCCAUUGUCAGCAGCAGUAUGGGCCCGGAGUACUACGUCAAUAUCCUCAGUAGUGUCAAUCAGGAUUUGUUGGAUCCUGGAUCUUCCGUGCUGCUGCAUAACAAAACCAUGAGUGUCGUGGGAAUCCUCACCGAUGACACGGACCCCAUGGUGUCGGUCAUGAAGGUCGAAAAGGCGCCGUUGGAAACCUACGCCGAUAUUGGUGGAUUGGAAGAUCAAAUCCAGGAAAUCAAAGAAGCAGUCGAAUUGCCGUUGGCGCAUCCCGAACUAUACGAAGACAUUGGGAUCAAACCACCCAAGGGUGUCAUUCUGUAUGGGGAGCCAGGAACUGGAAAGACUCUCUUGGCAAAGGCUGUUGCCAAUCAGACAUCGGCCACCUUUUUGCGUGUGGUGGGUAGUGAACUCAUUCAAAAGUACCUGGGAGAUGGUCCCAAAUUAGUCCGAGAACUCUUUCGUGUGGCGGAUGACCUGUCUCCAACAAUUGUCUUUAUUGAUGAAAUUGACGCGGUCGGUAGCAAGCGUUACGAGUCUUCCAGUGGUGGAACUCGCGAGAUUCAGCGUACGAUGCUCGAGUUGUUGAAUCAGCUCGAUGGGUUUGAUGAACGUGGUGAUGUCAAGGUCAUCAUGGCCACCAACCGAAUUGAAUCGCUCGAUCCUGCCCUAAUUCGUCCGGGACGUAUCGAUCGAAAGAUUGAGUUUCCACUCCCAGAUACCAAGACCAAGCGACACAUUUUCAACAUUCACACCAACCGAAUGACCCUGGCGGACGAUGUCGAUCUCGAAAAGUUUGUCAUGGCCAAGGAUGAACUCAGUGGAGCUGAUAUCAAGGCCGUCUGUACCGAAGCGGGAAUGUUGGCGCUCCGAGAACGCCGCAUGAAGGUCUGUCAGGAAGAUUUCGUAAAGGCCAAGGAGAAGGCGUUGUACCGAAAGAAGGGAAACAUUCCUGAGGGUCUGUACUUGUAG